UGAGCUGUUUCGCUGAUUUGUGUAGUGCUCUGGUAAAAAAAGCAUUCUCAUUGAUAAUGGAGCAUACCUACUUCUAACCAAUGUCUACAGGAAAUAGCACACUGAAUGUAAAAAUGUGUGGCUUUAAUGGUUUCUGGUUUUUUGUUGCUAUUAGGUGAAUGAUUCCUGCACGUGAUUUUUUUUAGUUUUUCUGGGGCCGAGUGCAGAUAACUGGAGAUCUUUUUUCUUGUGACUUUAAGUGUAGAAAACUAGUGGUGUACAUGUAGAUGUAUUUGUACCGGGAUUCCAGUGUGUAGAGUUUUUAUUGCCCACAGCUCCACUGAUAGCAUCGUUUCUUAUACUUGAAAGAAGGUUAAUUAGAGAAACGUUUAUAGAAUGUCAUUUCUUCUACUUUCUGAGGGAAGACUUGGGUUGCCAAAAUGGCAGUAAAUGUUAAGACGGAACCACCCGGGAUAUUUUCUUGCAUCAACGUCAACGUCAUGGACGAUGAUAAAGAAAAGUCAUUUCAAAUGCGCAAAACAAUGAUGAAAAAAGAAUCCAUUGACCCAAAAUUUCGCAAAGAGCUGAAAGUGGAUGUAGGAGCUGGAAACUUCCAAAAUAUGAUGGAGUACAGGGAGGCUCCCGUCAGUCCUGGGGCGUCCAGUGUCCACAGCAUGGACAAUGGGGGGAUGGACAAUCUGGGAUCACCCACCACUCCGUCCUCACCCACCCCAGCUCCAGUGGAAAUCGCGGAUGAGCGUCUUCCUAAUGAGCUGCUAGAUGAAAUCUGUGAAGACAUUGGAAUGAAAGAGGGAAUGGAGCUUGAUUUUGUGGAGUUCCUCAUGGAACAAGAUAUGGUGGACCCCCAGGUUUACAUGACUCCAGAAGCAAUAAGGAACACACUGUCGUCAGUGGCUCCGACCCCAGCAGCACAUUCUCACAGUAAUCUGUCGUCAGUCCCGGCUUCACAAACUCAAGUGACAUCUACUCCCAAGAAUAGUGACUGGGCAUCCAGAGGAUGCAGCAGUCCGACAACUACUUACUCUGUGGCCUCCAGUACAAACUGUACAGUAGCCACUUCCAGUGGGUCAAGCAGUCCUGUUGCCAAAAGGUUCCACCACUCUACGUCAGGGCCCUCAAGUCCGGUGCGGACCACUGCUCCUCCACUUUCGCCUCAUGGAGGAGUCUUCAAAGCACCGCCCACGCCACCUACACCGAGACGUUCCUCUCAGUCUCAACAAAGCAUUGCCUCACCCAGUAUAUCUAGCACUGUAGGGCCACAGGUACAGAGACCCUACUCCCCUGCCAGUGUGCCUUCUUCUCCCUCACAGAAAUCCAUGCCACCUCAGUUUCACCAAUCUCAGUCACAGACACAGAUGGCCCCACCUAAGUCUAUCCCACCACACAUGCAAAGGCAGAAUAGCCAACACAACUACCAGAGGCUGGGGAGACCAGCCCCUCCUAAUGUUAACAUACAGAACAUGCCCCAGCAUCAGAAGUGGACAGGUCCACCUAAUGGUCAGAUGCCAAAUGGCAUGAUGGGAAAUCAGCCGUGUUCUAUGAACAAUAUGGGAUAUCCUGCUAAUCAACAGUUCCAGAGGUCAAUGGAGGCAUGUGACAAUGGAUAUUAUUCAGGGGAUACGGCCAGUGUGAGGAGUUAUGGGUCAUCCUCAGUGUCCUCCACCGUCCCCUCAACUGCCUCGUCCGCUCAGACCGCCAUCCACAAUCAAAACUUCAACAACCGACAGACACUGCAGAACAUACCCCCUCAACAACAGAAAAACGUUCACUUUAGUGAUCUGCAGGGACAUCACCAGAACGGGGUGCCUAUCCAGAGACAGAACUCGGCAGGGUACAAUCAGGGCUACGAGUCCAGUGACUGUGAUUUAGAAAACGAGUUUAGUCAGAGAAAUGUGCCAUCAAAGAUCAUGCCUCGACUAACGCCUUCCAUGAAGUCUGAUAUUGCUCCAUAUAUGGUGCCCGGCAAUAACAAUGGUUCUAUGAGUCCUUACGGAGACUACUCCAGAGGAAGCAAUAGUCGACCGGGCAGUGGCGAGAAUCCAAUGGUGUCUAUGCAAAAUGACUAUUUUUCACAAAAGCCAAGUGAAAUGUUUAAUGUGGAUGAUAAUCAGAAUUCAAUGCACAUGAACAAUUACAAUAACUCUAUGCAACAUCCACAACAAAGUGAGAUUCAAGACUCUGGCUACAGGCCUUCUUGUUCAGGAGGUGCUCCUAUAGGAAUGCAGCCUUUGAGGCAUUUUGAUGGACCUGGACCAAACUGUGGCAUGCCGCAAGGAGAAGCAUUAGGUGACCCCAUGUAUAUGGACAGGACAGAUGCAUACAAAAUUGCGAUGGGAUAUUGUGAUAAUCAGUAUGAACCACAAGGCCAGAAUAUGAACAAUAGCUGUAUGAAUAUGGACCAAAAACUGGGCCCUGGUAUGAUGAAUCCUAACCAGGGAUACCCAGGUGAUAAUUACUGUCAAAAUCCUAUGCAAAAUAAUGGACCACGGGGCAUGCCUAUGCAGAAUCCUCAUAUGAUGGGAGGUCCACCCCAGGGAAAUAUGGCUGGUGGUUAUGAACAAAGUCAAUAUAACAAUCGUAUGCAAUCAAGUGCCAAUAUGAACAAUUCAAUGUAUUCGAAUCCACAAACACCGAUUAGUGCUGAAAACUUACAGUGUCAGAACCCUGGAGUCAAUGGACAGAAUUGGGUUGGACCCCAAACUCCAGGAAUGCAUUCCAAGCCUCCUCAUCAAGGGAUGGCUCCGGGAAUGAACAUGCACCCACAGCAGGGCAUGCAGACCCCAGGGUCCAGCCCCAUGCCCCCUUGUACUCAGCCCAACUGCCAGAGCUGUAAGACGGGUUCACCUCACCGACCACCAAUGUUGGCAUCACAGCAGACUUUCAUUCAGCAUCUCAUUUCUGACCGUUCUAAUGCCUUCCGCUCUCACCCUCUCUUUCCUUUACUUCGAGAUCUCAUCAUUGCAGAUAUGAACUUCUGUUCACCCAGUUUUCCUUACCAACUCAUUAGUAAUUUACCUGCUGACUUUGACAAGCUUUUGCAGAACUUCCUAUCUCGGAACCCUCCUUCAGGAACAUAUCAGGGCAAUUUCGCAAUAGAGAGUGUUAUCAUGGAUGCUCUGAAGUAUGCUCAUCACUGCCUUAUAGAGAAAAUUCGGGAUAGACAAGAACAGGACAAAGUGACCAAAAGCACCUCCAAAUCACUGAGUGCCAUUGAAGAGUUCUGCGAAAAGUUUGACCGCUCGGUGCGACAAAAUAUCAUCAAGCCAGCAACGUUUCAGCUGCCAAACCACAGUGGAGGGGUGAGCUCAUCGUCCAUGCCCGGUCAACCAAUGGGAGGGAAUAUGACCCCCACCAUGGGUACCCCCACAAAGGACCACAAGUUUAGCAGCAUGGAUGGCAUGAUGAUGCAGGGGUUGUUUGCUUCUCCAAGUGCAAAGAAAGGCUUAGAUCUGAGUGCCAUUUGUUCCCCACAUUUCAAAUCGCUGAAGGACCUGGCAGAUUGCAGUGACUCUACUAGUAUUGUCAGCAGCAGUAGCAACCAUGGAAAGUCAGAGUCUAAAAAACACCCAAGUCUGCCAAAAGAGGCUGUAGCCAUUAUGUUAGAAUGGUUGAGACAACACAAAGACAACCCAUAUCCCAACGAUGAUGAGAAGGCAAUGCUAAUUAAACAAACAGGACUGACGAUAAAUCAAAUUAAUUACUGGUUCACAAACGCCAGGAGAAGAAUUCUGCCUAAGUGGGCCCAACAGUGUAAGUGAACAGGACUCGGCCAUUAGAUGCCCAAUAUUUCAGGAGUAAGUGGCACAGAGGUCCGUGAUUCCUGCCUGGAAAAUUAUUACAUAUCACAAAACAGUGCCUGAAGUUAUAGUCCAAGGGAAGUAACUCUUAAAACUUACUAGGAGCAUCCCUGGUGAACAGAGCGGACAUUACACAUCAGCAUUUUGAGAUAGCAUUCUUGGAUAACUUGUGAAAUGUGUUCAUUGUCCAUGACAAUUCUGGUUAGUGCUUUGUUUACAAAUCUAUUUAGAGUAUUAUUUUGUGAUGUCCAUUAUUGAUAUCAAAGCCAUGUUAUGCUAUGCACAGAAGUUAGCAUUACUUUUCUCUGUGAUUUUAGAUGGUCCUACAAGGACUUUUAUUCUGUAAUAAUUGUGUCCUAAGGACUAGUAACAUUAACUUAUUCAUAGUUUUAGGGGGAAAAAAAGAAAGCUGUUACCAAAGCUUUAUGCAUUAACUUUACCAGUGUUCAAGCAAUAAUUGGUGUUUUUUUAUUAGG